AUAUUAAAGUUGGUGGUUAUCUCAUUGGAUAUCAAACCACCAUGCCGUUUGAGUUAAAAAGACCUCCUUUGUUCAUGCGCGAAAUGGACCUAGGAACUGGCUUAUUGACCAACUACUAUCAACUUCAACGUUUUCAAUGUAAUGAUCGUAUUAUCACCUGUCUUGUCACACAGAGAAUUAUGAAAAGUGAUCUUGAACAGGUUACAUUACCACCUCGGAAAAUUACUGGUAUCUAUUCAAAGCGGUGGUAGAUGUUCUACGUAAAACCUCUAUAGCCAUCAGAAUAUAAUGAGGUUACUGAGGAGGCGGCGGAGAAGGAUCAAGUGCUGUCGGUAUUUUUACUCAAAUAUGGUAGAAGUGAUGACAUAUUAAUGAUAUUUGGAAGGUUCGACCCAGAAAACGAUGCAUAAGUGAGAAGAGGAAGCAAGCUCUUCUUCAACUUCUUGGUUAUUCUGAAGAUUCGUCAAACGGCCAAAGCAGCUACCGCCUAUAUACAGGACAACGAUACAACGGUUAAGCUUCAACGACGAAGGGAACAAUGGAAAGUGAGUGGCAGAACAUCUCCGGGGAUACUGCAGAACAUGCAGAAUGGGAAUGGACACCUGUUUCAUGGACAUGGUGGACAAUCAUCCAGUUGGUCCUGGCUAUUACGGGUAUCCUGGGCAACCUUCUGGUGAUGUUGGUCAUUUAUUGGCCGGGACGUCGACGAUGUGCCACCGACAUUUUGAUUGGUGCCCUUGCCGUAGCUGAUUUCUUAACAUCUAUCUUCAUUAUACCGAUCCCCAAAGUGGCCUUCUACCCGGACACCAGCGCAGCUAGGUUCUACUGUAAGGUGAUCCACACUUCGACCUUCAUGUGGAUUUCCAUUUGCGCAUCCAUCUUUACCCUUACAGCCAUAUCUCUUGAGAGAUUAAUGGCUGUCAGGUUUCCUAUCUGGUUCCAGCAGGUAUUCUCUCCAAAGCGUACAUCCAUCGCCAUUGUCUUCAUCUGGAUUGCAGCAUUCGGGAUCAACACCCGAAGUCUCUACGCUCGAUACAUAUCGGACGGUCAGUGUUUGCUAUACUCACCCUCGGAUGCGUUCAACAUAUUCAUCGGGGUUUCUUUGUUCCUUGUGGAGUAUGUCCUCCCGGUAAUUAUCAUGGUGGUAGCGCACGGAUGGACCAUCUAUGUUCUUCGACAACGUCGUGCCACAGUGCUCCGCAAGGCGCAGGGCCAGGUCCUUCAAAUGCUCGUCAUCGUCGUCAUCACCUUCAUCAUCUGUUGGACACCUGAUCAAUUUGGAUUCCUUGUUUUCAACAUCGGGGUCGUUCCUGUGACCCAUCUGUUCAGUCCUCUCUACAGAUGCUUCGUCAUCUUGGCCUUCGCCAACUCCUGCGUGAAUCCUUUCAUCUACGCCGCCAGGAUGCCCAAGUUUAGGAGAGCACUCAAGGAAUUGUUCACGAGCAAGAUCCUUGGUAGCCGGGGAAUCCACUCUCUCUUUGCUGGUGAAGGGGAAGAGGGAACUUCUGAAAAGAGUGACAACAGAUCCAAAGCUACUGAAACCUACGAGGCGUAGGGGCAAAUUAUAGAAAUACUGUAAGCCAAUAUUACACAAAGAAGAUCUUUUUCGCCACGUACUUUUUCACUUUCAUCCAUGUCGUUUUACAAGAUUUCCAUGGAACUUUGCAUGGGAACGGUUAUGAAAAAAAUAUCAGGCUUUCUCGAAUAAACUAAAUAACUGACACCAUAAUGGCCCAAAGCCUAUGCCCUCUUUAAUGGAUAUCGUAUUUGAGGAUAAGUGCUUUGGAGACACGCUCUACCAUUUUGUUGUGAACAGGGGCCUUCUGAUGAAGCCUAAAUUGUCAUCAAUAAUUAUAUUCAUAUACAGCGAGUGGGUUAGGAAAAUCACUGCUUAAUCAAUAACUCCUUUGUUUAUUAUCAUUUUUCACCAAUAUAUCUAUAAGACGCACUUAUGAGAAGCCAUUAUGUACGCGUAUGCCAAUUGUCCUUUUACUAUCUUGUCAGUCCUUGGUCAUAUCUUUUUCCUUUGGUGCUCAGUCAUCCAUGUUUUAUUGAUUAAUUCAUUUCCUGAUUGAAGUGUUUACCUGUACAUUUAUCUAUCUAUUUAUUCACUCUCUCAGAGUCACUCCGUUUUUAAACAGAAUAAUGACAUCAGUAAUCAAGGCUGGCCAACUAAUUUUCCAAGAAGAAUGAGCCAUGACGUCUGGGCGUAUGAUGUAGGCCUAUUACGCUUCACAAUUUUCUUAUCUUGCCAUAAUUUUCUCAAUAUUACAGACAUGCUUUAUGUUAUGUUUGACUUUUGUGCCCUCUUAGCAUUUCUUUUGCAUCCCGUUACUCUUAGAAUAGUUUGUAUAUACUGAAUAAUACUUAAUAUCUUUUAACUAUUCAAUUAACUUAUAUUAUAUGCAUUUCACAAAUAUCCAUUGACUUUUACUCUCAAACUGUCAUACGCAAAUUUAAAUUUACAUAUUUGUAAAUUUCAAGUGUUACGACUUGUCGAUAUAAACUUAUGUAGAGGACAGUUUUAGGGAUGAUAUGGUUCUUCGAUACUCGUACUCAUAAUGUCAUAGGUCAUUUUUUUAGAAUUAGCCUGCUAAUAUCAAUGAUAAUAAUAAUGAUAAUUCUAAUAUUUACAACAAAAAUGAUGAUAACAGUAUAAUGAUAAUUACAACAAUAAUCUUAAUGGAAAUAACAAUCAUGUAAGUGAAAAUAGUAAUAAUGAUAUAAAAAUAAUAUCACUCUAGAAACUGAGAAUACAGAGAUCAUAUCUUUUACUUAGGAUGUAUUUUUAACAAAUAGUUCUAUAUUUUAAAGCAGAAUCAAAAUUAUACACGAUAGUUUCUGGCUGCUAAUAUCAAAUACACGAUGUUUUUGGAAGCAGUUGGGUUUAUUGUCCUUGGUUCAAUAAUCCUAGUGUAAUCAAAUAUGAUCUUGGAAUCGCUAUAACAAAAGAGGGUCAUAUCACAUUCAGUUUCCACGCCAUUUUGAUUGCAUAGAUGAGGUGUAACUCAAUACAAAAAUGAUGAAGGAAAGCAUAGUUUCAGGAGCUUUUUAUAUGAAUAGAAAUUCGAAACGUUUGCAACGUUUAUUUCUAACAUGGAAGGUGUUAAAGACGUUAUUUAUUACCAGGAAAAUUUAUUCAUGCUUCGCUAUCGAUUUCAUUGAUCGCAAGAUUUGUUUUUUUUUCUUUCAGUUUUAGAAUACUCUACGUGCAUAAUAUGUUGGUGUAUCUGAAGGGCUUUGUGCAAAUCAUGGCAUAAAAUGUAAUGCGAUUUAACGAUUAUUGUUGACAGGAAGUAAAAUGUGUUGUGUGUAAAUUUUAUUUUAAUAUUUUCAUUCCCACUGUGGGAUGUUAUUCAUGACAUAAACAAUGACGCAAUUUGACGUUUAGUGUUGUAGAGAGGAGGGAAAUCGUUGUCAUGUGUAAAUGUUUAUUUUUAAUCAUUUUUAUGUUUGUGUGGUUGAGAUGAAGAGCAAAGUGAUGCCGAGUGUAAAUAGGUUUGUUUCAUUCUUUUCAUCAUAUACGAUGGAUAUUUGUAUUAUGGUUGUAUGUAAAAAGAGUAAUAAAACACACAAUUCGUUGAAUUUUAAA